AUGAUGCCCCCGCUCACCCCCUCCUGCAGUGGCACCCCCACCUACAGUGGCACCCCCACCUGCAGUGGCACCCCCACCUACAGUGGCACCCCCACCUGCAGUGGCACCCCCACCUACAGUGGCACCCCCACCUGCAGUGGCACCCCCACCUACAGUGGCACCCCGACCUACAGUGGCACCCCCACCUGCAGUGGCACCCCCACCUGCAGUGGCACCCCCACCUGCAGUGGCACCCCCACCUACAGUGGCACCCCCACCUGCAGUGGCACCCCCACCUACAGUGGCACCCCCACCUGCAGUGGCACCCCCACCUACAGUGGCACCCCCACCUACAGUGGCACCCCCACCUACAGUGGCACCCCCACCACCAUGACUGCAGAUGGGAAGCAGGGGACGGUGGUGAGCGCGGGCCGGGCCACUCUGGCGGGAGAGUCAGGCGGCUCCUCCGCCAUCAAGUCACACUUUGGGCGGGCUUCAGAAUGUGGCGCCCCUCCCCUGGGCCUCGUACACUGUGCCUCUUACUCCAGCAUCGGGGGCGACCUCCAGAUGCUUAGGCUAACCUACCCCAACCCCUGCACUAACACCUUCCAAGGCUUCUUAUAUCGAAGGUCGCCAUCCCUCCAAGUGGAGGUAUGGCAACUUUCCAUUGCACGUUCAUCUGUGCCAGCUGUAUUCGGAAUGUAUUGUGCUCAUGAUGUCAAUCAAGAGACAAAAACGACACUUUCCUGCACCAUGGGAGAUCAUCACUCUCCAAAUUACUAUCAUCCUUUCCCACUCAAGAAGAUGAUUAAAGAUAGAAUUGAUGAGUUAGCCAAAACGUGCUCCUAA